ACACACGGAUAUCAGUAAGAAAGGUAAAUGUAUUUCACACGGAUUUCCGUGGAAAUUCCGCUUAUAACCAGCAAAUUGAUCCAAAUCUGAAGCAUAUCGAUCCAUGUCCUUCUCCCCCACCCCUAAAGCGUAUCGAUGUCCUUCUCCCCCAAAUCGAUUCAGCCUUAUCAGAGGUCUGGAAGCGGUCGUAGGCAACAACAAUUUGAUAUCUCCCCCAAUUUCGAAGCGGUGUCUCCGCCCAUUACUGCCUAUCUCUAUCAUUCAAUUCAAUCUCAGUCCAUCGCAGCCAAUUGUGUGACCUGAUUCGAAUCGAGCGCUAUAAUUUUGAAGUUCCACUCACGGUAAAGGAGCUUUAGUGAAUCAAGUUUGUGGCGUCGAGUUGAUUGUGGGGUUUGCGGCUUCUGGGAAUAUCUUGCUUAUCUUUAUUUCUAGUAAUAUAAGGAGAACUGUCUGCAGCUACUACCUAUUGUCUUUAUUUCUCAGAUAAAGGGGACGAAGAUGAGAAAGAAGGAGGAAGAAAAAACUUAAGCAGGUUUGCUUGCACACUUGUUUGUUUAAUUUGAGGUUACUUUGGGAUGUGUUGUGUUGUAUGUUGUCCUCUCUUCUAUUUUGGUAGUUGGCUUACUAGUAAGUAUAUCUUUCUCAAGAUGAUAUAAGGCAUGAGUUAAUUACUAAAGGAGGAACACUUUUUUUGGCAGACAUCUUUAUAUUAGCUAAGUUAUGGAAUUGACAGAACAAAACACCAAAGAAAGUGGAGAGGCAUUUAGUUGUAAGCUGUUGCCUUGUAGUUGUUUUGUAUUAUGCUAAAAAAUUCUUCAAAUUGGUCUUGACUUCUCUGUGAUGUUGACGGCGGAUUGAGUUAAUUUGAUUAAGAUAAUAUUAAUAGCAAGCAAAUUGAAGGUUCUAUUUUCAUUCUGCAUGUUGUCAUGUUGAUAAUGCCUGCCUUGUGCUAUUAUGUGUUCAAGUUUGAGCUUUAUUUUCUGUAGAUUAUUCUUAUUGAUCAUCUUUCCUGUUGAUUUCCUUAUUAUGGUUUCACUUCUAUAUGCUAUUUCCACAAUCUAUUUAGUGCCACAGUGGUAGAGCAUGUACAGAUUACAGUUUUAUGAGCAUUUUUGUUGUAUCUUUUAUGCAAGAUGAUGACGAAGAUUAUAACAAUGAUGAAGAUGGCAGACUGAGCAAAUCCGGAAACGAGUUAAAGAAGCUACUUGGGCGCCUGAAUAAGUCAGAUACAGAGGAUGACGAUGACAAUGACAAUGCCGAUGGGGAUGGGGAUGAUGAUAUCGAUGAUGUUAUUGACAAGGAUCCCCUAAAAGCAGUGCCUUCUGGAACUUCUCAAAUAACCCCAUCUACCUCCCAAGGAAAGAGAAAAAGUAACGAUGAUGAAGCCAAGGCAUAUACCGGUGCACCUCACAAGAAGGCGAAGACUGAAAAUGGUCAAAAACCUUCUGUCAAAGAAGAGCCUGCAUCUGAUAGUCUUGUCACUGAAGAAAUCAAGGCUGUUUUGAUGCAACAGUCACCAAUCACCGUGUGUGAUCUUCUUAAUAACUUUCCAGGAAGACUCCGGCCAAAAGAGAUCCUCAGCUCCUGUAAGUUACCCUCAAUUCAUGGAUGUAUUUCGCUAAUGUAUCUUUACUUUGAAAUCAGACGUGUUUUAGCUAGUAUUUAGAAAAUUGAUUACUAUAAUACUGCUGCAGAUGCAAAGAAAGCUAACCUGGAGGGAUCCACUUUGAAGUACUAAUUACCAUAAAAAGCUUUUGUGUUAAUUUAUCACUUUGCAGUCACGUUCUGUAUUGUUUGCUAGAAUGGUGGAUAAGCUUUGCCUUUGGGUUUUUGCAUAUUCUCCUAUAUGUUCAUCUUUUAGCUAUAGUUCACUGGGCAUAAUGUAAUUGCAAACAAAUACUUUUUCUUAAGUUAGGUUUCUGCACUAUGUAACUUAGUGUGUUACUUUCUCCAUUAUAUACGAAAUGUAUUUUGCUAGAAAUGUAAAGAACAUCUUCCUAUGAAUGUAAAGUUUAAUAUUUUCGAUUGAGUUGUGGAUUUGUUCAUUUUAUUGUAAAUAUUUGAAGUAUAUUUAUUGUACAGAAAUAAAAGUAUUAUUAUGUUCAGGUUGCAAAUUAAUUAGUAAAAAUAUUU